UCAGUGGACAGCUCCCAGGUGCUGAACUCACCUGCAACCACAGAGCGCCGAAGAAAAACGAACCAUGAUAUCGGUGGACUCUUGGAAACUUUUUCUGCUGACUUUCUUCCUCCUAGAUCUUGGGUCGUCCCAAGAUUUCGGCCAGGCCCGGUUUAUUUGUACCUCUGUGCCAGCGGAUAUGGACAUGUGUGCUGCUACCAUGCAGAACAGCGGGCCGGCGGAGGACCUGAAGACCACGGUCCUGCAGCUGAGGGAAACGGUCCUGCAGCAGAAGGAGACUAUCAUGAACCAAAAAGAAACGAUUCGGGAGCUGACAGCCAAGCUGAGCCGAUGCGAGAGUCAGAGUAUAACAGACCCGGGAGAGACCAGACCCGGUUCGAGGAGAAAAGAAACAGGCAAGAACACCAUGGGGGAUGUAUCGAGGACUGCAGCGGAUACGUUAAACCAACUGGCUCAAACUUUACAGUCACUCAAACAGAGGCUAGAAAACCUGGAGCAGUUCAGCAGGAACAACAAUUCAGCCACCGCUAACAACUUGAAAGAUCUACUCCAGAAUAAAAUCGAGGACCUGGAGAAGCAGGUGCUGUCCCGUGUGAACGGCAUGGAGGAAAGCAAGCCCGGGCUGAAGAACGAGACGGAGCAGAGAAUCAAGGUGGAAUCCACGCUCACAUCCCUGCACCACAGGAUCAGCGACCUGGAGAAGGGUCAGAAAGAGAACCGCCCCGCCGAUAAGUUCCAGCUGACCUUCCUCCUGAGGACUAACUACAUGUACGCGAAGGUGAAGAAGAGCCUGCCCGAGAUGUACUCCUUCACAGUGUGCAUGUGGCUCAAAUCCAGCGCCUCCCCCGGCUUGGGCACGCCCUUCUCCUACGCAGUCCCGGGGCAAGCCAACGAGUUAGUGCUGAUCGAGUGGGGAGACAACCCGAUGGAGAUACUCAUCAAUGACAAGGUAGCGAAGUUGCCGUUUGUGAUUAAAGACGGGAAGUGGCAUCACAUCUGCAUCACCUGGACCACGCGCGAUGGCGUGUGGGAGGCGUUCCAGGAUGGCGUGCUGAGGGGCAACGGGGAGAACCUGGCCCCCUACCAUCCAAUCAAACCACAGGGAGUCCUUGUGCUGGGUCAAGAACAGGACACGCUGGGCGGAGGGUUCGACGCCACACAAGCGUUCGUGGGCGAGCUGGCUAACUUCAAUAUCUGGGACAGGAAGCUUUCCUCAGGCGAGAUCUACAACCUGGCCACCUGCAACAGCAAAGCCCUGGUGGGGAAUGUCAUCUCCUGGGCCGAGAACAACAUUGACGUCUAUGGAGGCGCCACCAAGUGGACUUUUGAAGCCUGCCGUCAGAUCAACUGAGCCGCAGCACAAGCAGACAGCAGGACAGCAGCAUCUCUCCUGGCUUGAAUGUCCUCCUUACAUUUUUUU